AUGGGACGGGCCACUUUGGCGGAGACAGGUGGCGAAAGGUCCGCAAGCGCCUGGGCCCUGUUUAACUCGUGGGUCGCUCGGGAAGGCCUGACGGUCUCUCGGGCUGCGAAGUUCCGCAUUCGCGGGAAGCGGAUGCUCCGGGAGAAGGCAGCGAUGAAGCUCAAGUGGAACCACCGAAAAAGCAAGGACAUUCGGGAGAAGUUCGCGGCACUCGCUCAGGCGAAGUACGAGGCCAACCGAAAGAAGGCCGAGGCUUACAGAAAGGCCCAGUCGUUCGGCGAUGUUUCGCCGCAAGUCGCUGCCGACGAGGCCGAGGUCGUUCGAAAAGCAGAAGCCGAAGCCCACCUGGAUGCUGACCUUGCCGUUCGGGAAGUGCAGGCGGACACCUGGACCUGGACUUUGGGUCGUUCGCUUCGUGACUUCAAGCCGGUCGGCCGUGGGGCGAGCGGUGAGGUCUUCUUCGCCACCUUCGAAGGCCUUCCGGUUGCAGUGAAGCUGACAAAAGGUCGGGGGCUGCAAGCGGCAGCAACCGGCAUCGACGUUCAGGAGGAGUUCGCCGUUUUGACGGCCCUGGGGCAGCACCCCAACGUCGUUCGAGCUUUCGCCGUUGUCACGAGCUCGCUGGGCCGGCCGGGCUUGGUUCUCGAGAGGGCUCAAGGACGAUCGGCCGGCAGGGCCUCGCUGCUGGGACUUUUUUCGCAGUUCGUCCUCGGCCUGUCCUUCGUGCACGGGCGUUCGGUCAUGCAUCUCGAUGUGAAGCCCGCCAACAUUCUCGUGUUCGAUGCAGAGGGGGUCUCCGAGAACGGUUGCUCUGUGGUGGGCGAUCGUGUGUACACCCUGGACUUUCGCUGCCCGGAGUGCCUCAUGGCCGGCGGCCAAAAGGCAUGGGUUGCUGGCGUUCGUGUCAAGUUCGCCGCUGACGUCUGGGCGGCCGCAGCCACGUUGUUCGAGGUGUGCUGCCCCAGAAAAGCUUCGCUUUUCUCAGUCCCGCCGGGGACGUUCGUGCGGGAGACCGAGGAGCAGACAGCAAAGGCCAUUCGGGAGAUGGCCACUGCGAGGAGCUUCAAGCUGAUGCCGUACGACCAGACAAUGCAGGACAUCCUGGAGAAGACGUUCGUGCCGGCAGAGAAGCGACUCUCGUUGCCGGGCUUGCUUCGCAUCCUGGACAAAGAGCGGUCGGCCUCGCGGUCCAUCGGCAGGCCCGCCUUCGGCGACUGA